AUGUCACUAAACCUGAAGCAGCAGUACCUGGAGGCUUGCACUGAGUAUAACCAUCCAGUAAACGCAUUCAUAGCCGAAAUGUUCCUACAAGUACAACUUUCUGAACAGCAUGCCAUCACUUUAAAGAUCUGUGGAAAUAACCGUCUGGUCAAAGUGGAAAGAGUUACUGAUGAAGAUUUCCUUGUUGUUUCUAAAGUUUUAUCUCAAAACAGUUUUAUAAAAGAUCUUGACCUUAGAUAUAACAAUUUAACAGAUAAUGGGGCAAUCCAUAUUGCAAACUUUCUUAAGGACAAAUCAUCUUUACUUAGUUUAAAUCUAAUGGGAAAUGACAUUGGUACAGAAGGUGCAAGACAUAUUGCAAGAGCCCUACAUAAUAAUGAAACUCUCAAAAGCCUGCGGAUGACUGGUAAUAAAAUUGGAAACAAAGGAGGAAUGUUCUUUGCUUCUAUGCUGCAAAUUAAUUCAGCACUGGAAGAGGUGGAUCUUGGUGACUGCGACUUGGGUAUAGAAAGUCUGAUAGCAUUUUCAACUGUGCUGUUGCACAACAGAUCUGUGAAAUCAAUCAAUCUAAAUCGUCCUUUAUUUUACGCCUUACAGGAGGACACUACAAUUCAUAUCGCUAAGAUGUUGAAAGUCAACAACACUCUUCGGGAACUCCAUCUAAGUAAACACGAGAUGACAGAUUUUGGGGUUCAACGUCUUUGCGAAGCAUUGCAUGAAAACUCCACUUUGAAGUAUCUUGAUCUCAGCUGCAAUAAAAUAACUCGUGAUGGAGUUGCGUGUUUGGCAGAAUUGCUGAAAACAAACACAACGUUGGAAAUCUUAGACCUUACGUCGAACAGGAUGGAAGACGACGGAGCAAUCUAUCUCGGGGAAGCCCUUCGAUUGCACAACAGACACCUUAAAGCAUUAUCAAUAGUAAGCAACAACAUCACAGGAAAAGGAAUUAAAGCCUUGGCAGCUUCGAUUAAAGCAAACGAGAGCCUACAAUACAUCUACGUUUGGGGGAAUAAACUGGACGAGGAAGCAUGUGUGGCAUUUUCAGACCUCCUUUACACUGGUCGCCUAAGCCCUUCCUCCACAGAUGUGCGGCCAUAUGUAGUAGACGGACAUAUCUAUCUUGCAGAGCUUUUUCAUGGACUCAAGAAGCAUUAUUACUGGACACCAAGCUUUGGGCCUGACAAUAACACAGUUUGUAAUUCUGCUCCUACAUUAUCAAUGUACUAAAUUUACCUAAGAAGCUGACAUUUGAUAGAUAUCAAGUAGUGUUUCUUUAGGAUAAAAACUGUAUUACUUAAAUCAAAUAAAUUAUUUUGAAAAUAUAUUUUUCAUUCCAGUGCUUCCAAUAUAAAUACAGGGUUAUUAUGUCUCUUGUCAUCAAAAGCGCAAUCCAUCACUGGCAAAAGUAAGUAACAGCUUGUCUUUAACACGGACGGAAGAUUCAAUGCUGUUUUAAAGGAACUGUCAUUCAUUUAGCGACAACCACAGUUGAAGAUAUAUAUACAGAG